AUGCCACCUAAGCGAUCAAAAGGACUCCCACGACGCACCUCGUUGAAUGUAGAUGCUUCACCAGACUCGAGCAGCGGCGGCGACGUCGACAGCCCAUCAAAAUCCAAGGGAAAAGGGUCUGCAUUGUCGAAUAGACCCACGAUGACGCGUCGUAGCACACGUAACAGCCUCAGUAGCUCAAAGAUCAAUCUCAACGGAAAACGCGCUCGAGAGACGGACGACAACAAAGCCGGGACUGAAGACGGUGCCUCUGCUUCAGACGGCGACGACGAGGAGAACACAAAGACUUUGAAUGGAACAACGACCAGAAAACCAAGUGGAAAGAUUCCCUAUGCUGCUCUCAAGCGCACCGCAAGCCAGAAAGCACUCCAGACACGCCAGUCUCUUCACGUCGCGCUACCUGGGCAAACCUCACUCGCGCGUACUCGAUCUCGUAGGACUACGAUAACAUCGACACCCGCAACGUCUGAGCCCCCACACACCUCUGACGGCGAAAUCCUGACAGACGACUCGCUCCAGUAUAAAGACAUCUCGUCAGAAGAGUCGAGCGGCUCCGAAUUCGAAGACUCUGCCUCGGAAUCUGACGCAUCCCAACUCGAUCUCGAAGCCAUGCACAUCUCUACUGACGACGAAAAUAGCAUGGCCAUUCUCGCUGCCAGCAUCCAACAGCGUACAAAGGGCGGUCGGCAAAAUGGUUUCAAGGCGAAGAAGGGCAAGAGUGUACAAGGUAUUCGAAAUGGGAUGAACGUUGGGGAUGCGGAUGAUACAGACGAGGAGAUGCUUAAUGCGGCCAUCCGAGAGAGUGUGGCCACGGCCGCCGCAGAGGAUCGCGCAAAGUAUUCGUCUGCUGGUGCUGGUCCCUCUGCGACUCGUAGUGAUCGUAUGUCGAUGAGCGUGUCGCCAAAAAAGGGCAAGGGAAAGGCCGUCGCGACUGCGGACGCGAGUGACUCUGACAAUCUCCCGUUGGCGUCCAAAGCGACCAAGGGUAAAGGGAAGGGAGCUCAGCAGGACAUUAUUGUCUUGGACUCUUCGGACGAUGACGCUGUCUCUGGCACAGGGCUUGAUGCCAUGGACAUUGAUGCUGCUAUGGAGCUUCUCGAUGAGGACGAGGAAGAAGAUAGAUUUGCUCAAGUACAGGCUCAGGCGGAAGCGGAUAGAAUCUCUAGAGCAAUCCUAAAGAAGGAAGAGGCGGCAGAGAGAAAGCGACUCGGACGUCGACUUACCUUUGCGGAAAAGGCGACAAUUGCGCUCUAUCGUCAUCAUCCGGAACUCAAGACGGUUUGGGCCGAUUUGGAAAAACUUGAAAUUCUCAAGGCGGUUCCGGGUGUCCAGCCCGCGAGUCUCAAGCUCAAACUUUUACCGUUCCAGUUGGAAAGUUUGACGUGGAUGCGUCGACAAGAGGAGAAUACCGAGUUUUCUUGGAAUGGUGGUCUGUUGGCAGAUGAGAUGGGUCUCGGUAAGACGAUCCAGACACUGGGCUUGCUUGUCAGCGAUCCACGCAAGCCCAACCUUGUCGUUGCGCCGACGGUGGCUAUUAUGCAAUGGAAGAACGAGAUUGAUCAGCAUACGAGUGGGCUAGCUGUCAAUGUAUUCCAUGGUGCAUCCCGAACCAAGGAUAUCGAGGCGCUCAAAAAGUGUGAUAUCGUGCUUACAACGUAUGCGGUUUUGGAGAGUGUCUAUCGAAAGCAACAGUAUGGGUUCAAACGCAAGGGUCAGCUCGUCAAGGAGAGGAGUAUUUUGCAUGAGAUUACUUGGGCGAGGAUCAUUCUCGAUGAAGCGCAUAAUAUCAAAGAACGCUCGACCAGUACGGCCAAGGCCGCAUUCGAACUCGAUGGAAAGUUUCGUUGGUGUCUCUCUGGCACGCCGCUCCAAAACCGUGUUGGAGAGUUGUACAGCCUGGUUCGUUUCCUCGGUGGAGAUCCAUUCAGCUAUUACUUUUGUAAAAAGUGCCCAUGCAAGUCGUUACAUUGGAAGUUUACGGAUAAACGAAGCUGCGAUGAAUGCAAGCAUCCUCCCAGUCUGCACGUAUGUUUAUGGAAUAAUGAGAUCCUCGGCCCGAUUCAGAAGCACGGGUUCACUGGACCUGGACAAGACGCGUUCCGCAAACUGCGCAUCUUGCUCGACAGGAUGAUGCUGCGCCGCACCAAGCUCGAGCGUGCCGACGAUCUUGGGUUGCCGCCUCGUACGGUCAUUGUCCGCCGUGACUAUUUCAGCCCGGAAGAAAAAGAACUCUACUUGUCUCUGUUCUCGGACGCGAAGCGAAAGUUUUCCACCUAUGUCGACGCUGGGACUGUGCUCAACAAUUACUCGAACAUCUUUACUCUCAUUACUCGUAUGCGACAAAUGGCGUGCCAUCCAGACCUCGUUCUCAAGAGCAAGAAGAAUGCCGAGUUUUCUGGUGAUAUCGUCGAGGCAACGGUUUGCCGCUUGUGCAACGACAUUGCGGAGGAUGCGAUCGAGUCGAAGUGCCAUCAUGUCUUUGACCGCGAGUGCAUACGUCAGUACCUCGAGGCGUCGGCUGGAAUAACUCCCGAGUGUCCCGUGUGCCAUUUGCCCCUGACUAUCGACCUCGAGGCAGAGGCGAUCGAGAUUUCCGAGGAAAAUGUCAACAAGGCUCGGCAGGGAAUUCUUGGCCGACUCGACUUGGAGGGGUGGCGCUCUUCCUCCAAGAUUGAAGCACUCGUAGAGGAGUUAUCCAAGCUGCGCGAUCAAGAUAGGACGAUCAAAAGCAUUGUUUUUAGUCAAUUCGUCAACUUUUUGGACUUGAUCGCUUUCCGCCUCAAAAAGGCAGGCUUCAACAUUUGUCGUUUGGAGGGAACGAUGACACCUCAAGCGCGAGACUUGACCAUCAAACACUUUAUGACAAACGUCGAUGUGACAGUCUUCUUGGUAUCCCUCAAAGCUGGAGGCGUGGCAUUAAAUCUUACUGAGGCCUCGCGUGUUUAUCUCAUGGAUAGUUGGUGGAAUCCCGCAGUAGAGUAUCAAGCGAUGGACCGUAUCCAUCGAAUUGGGCAGCACCGACCUAUUCAAGCUAUCAAGCUGGUCAUUGAGGAUAGCAUCGAAAGUCGUAUUGUGCAGCUUCAGGAGAAGAAGAGCGCCAUGGUGGAGGCGACGCUAUCAACAGAUGAUUCGGCCAUGGGAAGGUUGACACCUGAAGAUUUGAGCUUCCUUUUCCGACGAAAGCGUUGGGUGAUACAGUACUAUUUCAAAUUACUAAAUGUGCGAUACACAGAGAUUAUGGAGCGAUACAAGUUUGAUCAUCCUCCGAAACCGAAACCAAAGAAGGGCAGGAAGGAAGAAGACGAAGACGAAGACGAAGAAACGCUCCCUUGCGACAUCUUCAGUAUGACCAUUGGUUCUGGACACGGUGGGCUCAUUGCGAUCCUUCUCGGCAAACUACGGAUGUCUGUGGACGCUGCUCUUGAGGCCUAUGGCUCAUUACUCGAGACUCUUCCUAUAAAGCCAGCUCGGAGCGAGGCGGAGAAGGUACAAAACGCAAAGAAGCUAGAAGGAGAGCUCCGGAGAAUCCUUUACUUUAAAGGGAUCACCGCCAACGAUAUGAUGCGGGAAGGUACGAGGACUACAGGAGGCCAUAAAGUUGUGGUCUGCGCUGGAGUGCCUAUAAGUAUGGGCUUCCCCUACUACAUCCGCAGCUAUCCCCAUGACGGGGUACCGACGCCGCCAUGUACGAUUCUGCAAGCCGCAAUGGCAUGCAUGGCAGACCCGAGGUUGUACCCAGCCGUUACCAUCGGGGACUCUUAUCAUACUGCAACCCUCGUCGAAGCACCAGCGAGAUUCGCCAAUCCUACAUGGCUCCUCGUGAGCGAGGCAAAGCUCGUAUAUGGUGCAAAAGGAAUAGUACGCCUCAUUCUCAGUCUGGGCGGUGGUGACUCGGAGUUAGCCACAAUCAAGACAUAUAUGGAUCCGUCGAGUCGGACGCCAUACGAAGUAGAGUCCGGACAGAUUCACCAGGACUUGUUUCCUCGGGUGAAACAUGAGGAUGUUUAUUAUCGGCUUCAACCCCGAGGACACUUUGGAUGGUCAGAGGACAUGGCGACUAUCCUAGCUCGCGUUAGCGGUUUCUUACAGGACCUAGGGUUCAAGAUUACUUAG